GAGAAACUGAAUUUACUGUAGGAAAAGUGACGGGCUUUAGGACCCUGGGUCGCCUGCGUCCUGUCAGAUGAGAGGCAGCAGGGAAGCUCCGGGAUUCCUCGUUAUCAGUCGCAGGGUUAGCUUGGGCCCCGUCUGCCGCCUGCUGCAGACGCCUGUAACCCACGAGGAGGCCUGGCGGGGUGGAAGGAGGCACCAUGAGCGGGAAGAACCUGCUUCUGAAAGUCAUCCUGCUGGGAGACGGUGGAGUUGGGAAGUCCUCCUUGAUGAAUCGGUACGUGACGGAUCGCUUCGACUCGCAGUCCUUCCACACAAUCGGCGUGGAGUUCCUGAACCGGGACUUGGUGGUGGAUGGGCGCCUGGUCACCCUUCAGAUCUGGGACACGGCUGGUCAGGAGCGCUUCAAGUCGCUCCGCACGCCCUUCUAUCGCGGCGCCGACUGCUGCUUGCUCACGUUUGCGGUGAACGACUCGCGGAGCUUCCAGAACCUCAGCAACUGGAGGAAGGAGUUCAUGAACUAUUCAGACGUGAAGGACCCCGAGAGGUUCUCGUUUGUGGUGCUGGGGAAUAAAGUAGACAUGGAGCAGAGGGAGGUGGGAGAAGUGGAGGCCCGGGCGUGGUGCGAGGAAAAUGGCAGCUACCCUUACUUUGAAACCAGCGCUAAAGACGACACCAACGUCACAGCUGCUUUCGAAGCCGCCGUCAGGGAAGUCCUGGCUGCCGAGGACCAGAUCGAUCACGCACUUCUGAGCAGCACUAUCGAUCUCCACGGCAACCGCAAAACCUCCCGUUCGUCUUGUUGCUGAAAACUCAAGUGUUGAUCCUCAUCUCAAUCUCUGCGCUCAAACUCACCUGAGGUGAAUUUAAAGAGCACUAGAGGUUGUUGCUAGUGCUGCUGAAGGUACCGGAGCAGAGCGCCACCUGCUGCUGAUGAUGUGGAAGACGCACAGCUGCUGCGAGGACGAUAGGUGUGUCUGUUUGUGAUGCUGCAGAAAAAUGCUUCACCUCAAUGUUCAAAUAAUGCAACUUUUUCAUUCAGUCCAUUAAUGAUAAUAUAAGAAUAAUAAGAAGAGAGGAGGCUUGUGGUUCAAAGCUCAACACUGUCUGUCCAGAAACAUCCUUUAAUUCAUAGUUUGCGUUGCUUAAGACCUCCAAACAUCGACAAUUUUAUGGUCAUUUAGCGUCCAAAGAACUGAAAUGAUGCUGCACUAAAAAUAAAUGGACCUUCUUUGCUUCAAAUCGGAAGGGAAUACUUUUAAUAUUCCAGACCUGAUCAGUUCUUUAUGAGCACUCUUUCAUUUUAACGUCUCUCUUGCUUCCACAUUAGCCUGUAGUGUUGCAUCAGGGAAUCAAUAUUGUUUUUAGCUUCAGCAUUAUGUCUUUAUGGUACAGCUGAGUUUUUCUUUAAGGCACACGCCCGUCCAUUCAAGCAUUCUUUUCUUCCGGAUUUUUCUGAUCAGGGACAGAUUAAAGCCUUUUUUUCUCCCCCUGAUGUGUGCAGGAAGGUCUAAUUCUAAAUAGCAUCUUUGUAAUCCUCUUGUCCGCCGUGUUGAAUGCAUAGUAGGCCUUAACAUUCCGCUCUCUUAGCUUUGCCUUGCCAGAGGGUCUCCUGUGCAUUACUGAUAAAUAGCAUAUGCCUUGUGCUGUCGGUGUGGUCAUUAUAGGUCUCAGCUGAACAUGAAAUGGCUUCAGCACAGUUAUUACUUCCAGUAUGUGGAUUGUACAUCACCUUUCCUUCUUAUUCAUGUUGUGUUUAGCCAAACUUGUCACGUAUUCCAACAGCUUAAUGUUUACUUUAGAUUUUUUAAUCUUAACCUGGUGGUACUUUUAUGACUUUACUUCCCACAGGUACCGAAAGAAAGAAAGAAAGAAAGUACUGCUAUUGCUGAACUGUAUUUUUUUUAGCUCAUUAUCUUGUGUUUUUCACACAAACCAGUUUAAAGUGUUUUCAUGCUGUGAUUGCACAAAAGUGAAUCUAGAUUUACUUACCUUUUGUCAGCCGAUCAAUCAACGGUUUGCCUUCCAGGUUACAAAAAUAUAAUAGGUUUAUUCCGACCGUAAGGUAACGACACUGUGGAAGUCAACCAACAGGUACUGUUUUUAGAAUAAGCUGUUCAUUUUAAUGUUUUUUUUUUUUGGUCUAUACACCUCUACUGUGAAAAUAAUGGGGCAUUUUGAGGAAAUUUUAAAGCAAAAAUGAGGUCUGUCAACUUUUUUUCCAAUAAUAUUUUCAUAAAUUAAACUAUUUGCUUUUAAA